AUGUCCCAUAGUGACACUAGUGAUGAUGAUUUUUCUAAAUUUGAUGAUAAUGAAACCAGUGAAAUUGUCCCAGAUUCGGAAUCAACGCAAGAAAUUGACCCUUUAAGAGAACUGUUGAGAUCUAAGAUGUGGACUUACAACCGAAGGGAAGACAUAGAGUUCAAGAAGUGGCAACUAUUCACUAAUAUUGAUGCAUUUCAAGCAGAUUUAAAGCAUUAUGUGAUCCAAAAAGGAUUCCCCAUAAAAAAGUUAAAGAAUGAGAAAACUAGGUGCACUGCCAUUUGUGCUAUUGAUGGAUACAAGUGGAGGAUUCAUGCCUCACCUAUUGCUGAUUCAAUAACAUUCAUGAUUAAAUCAUAUAGUUCUAAACAUACUUGUGUGAUGGAUAACAAGAAUUGUGAGGCCACCUCCGAUUGGAUGGCCAAGAAACUUGUUACUCUAAUGAGAACCCAUCCUCACAUGUCCAGAAAGGGUAUUGAAGCUGAGAUGCUAAAACAACAUAAUCUUGGAAGUAUAUGUAAGAUUCAUUGUGAUAGACCAAAUAUACUAGUUGAGCCAAGAUUUCUGAGACUUUUUGUAAGUUUUAAAGGACAAAAGGAUGGAUUUCUGACUGGAUGUAGACCUUUUGUUGGUUUUGAUGGUUGUCAUUUGAAAGGCAGUUUUGGUGGAGUAUUGCUAACUGUUGUGGCAUUGGAUGCCAAUAAUAGCAUAUUUCCCAUUAUAUUCGCUGUUGCUGAGGUCGAAAUCAAAGAGACACAGUGUUGGUUCUUUCACUUUUUUGAAGAAUUCUUUGGACCAUUUCAUAACAAUGUUCCCUUAACUUUCAUGAGUGAUAGACAAAAGGGACUCAACCUUGCAUAUGAACAAUUGUUGCCAUAUGCCACUAGAAGAUACUGUUGUAAACACAUUUGCAAUAACUUCAAGGCUCAAUUUCCUAGAAUGUUAUUAAACAGUUUCUUCUGGAAGGCUGCUAAGAGUUAUGAUACAGUAGGCCACACGAAGCAAUGCAGAGCAUUAAAGACAUCAAUGUAG